AUGAAGCUGAAAAGAUUUCUAUCAAUCCAUGUUUUAUCAGUGUUCUUCCUAUUAGGGUUCAUAUAUUACGAGACAACAUUUGUAUUCAUCGAAGAUUGGUAUGGGUUGCAGAGCUCAGCUGGGCUGCUCAACUCUCUGAUUUUCAGCUUUCUGGCGUUUCUGUGCGUUUUUUCACUCUUGGUGUGUGUUCUAUCGGACCCCGGCGGCGUCCCGUCUGGUUACAUCCCCGAUGUUGAAGACAGCCAGGGCUCCGAUCAAGAAUCCAAGAGAAAUGGUGCGCAUACGAGGCUCUGUGACAAGUGCUCCGUGCACAAGCCUCCAAGGGCCCAUCAUUGUCGUGUCUGCAGAAUGUGUGUUCUAAGGAUGGAUCACCAUUGUUCCUGGAUUAAUAAUUGUGUAGGCCUUAAGAACUACAAGUCAUUCCUUCUUUUACUCUUCUAUGCAACCGCUGGGAGCACUUACUCAGCAAUUGUCAUAAUAUGCUGCACACUUGAGAAGAACUGGGAUUCCAUUGACAACCAUCCAGCCAAGAUCCUUCAUGUUGUGUGUGGAGUCAUGAGUAUAGGUGUAAGUCUUGUGCUUGGAUCUUUCUUGGUUUGGCACAUAUUCCUCACUUGUCGUAAUAUGACAACUAUAGAGUACUAUGAUGCGAAACGAGCUGCAUGGUUGGCUAGGAAAUCCGGGCUGAGCUAUCACCAUCCUUACGAUGUUGGUUCUUUCAAAAAUAUUUCCCUGAUCUUGGGCCCCAACAUGUUAAAAUGGCUUUGGCCUACUUGCACCAGUCAUAUUAAGGACGGACUUAACUACCCUUCUAUACGCGAUAGCUCGUGA